AUGUCAAAUGAGAAUGCAAUUGAUUUAGUUUUGAAAAAUUUAGAUCAACAAGGAUAACUGACUAAGGUAAAUCCAAAAUAAAAGCAUCAAGUGUUUGAAAUCUUUAAUUAAUCAAAAAGCAAAAAGUCAGGAGCGUCAAACCUUUUUGAAAAAAUGAGAAAGCGAAACUAUUCAAUAAGAUAAUGAAUUAUUAUAGUUAUUGGAAGUGGAAAAGGAAUUCUUCCAAUUAUUUGAUUUUGAGCUCACGCUAUUGGAUUGUAAAGUGAAAGUAAUCAUUUUCUUUGAGUUGAUUAAAAAAAUUGGAUUAAAAUAAUAAAGUGAUUUGG